AUGGCCGACAUCUGGAGCGGGGAUAUUCUGCUCCCUGACCAGACGGCGGUUAAAGACAUCAGUCUUGAGUCGCACAAUUCCGCGUCCGCGUCUCUUCCCGUUGCACCAUUGCGAUUCCUAGCGACCGUCGAUACCGCGCGAAUUCCGUUGUACCUUGCUGCUGGUCCCAGUCUGGAUGUCUGGACAGCCAAUGAAGACACUGAAGAGUGGUUCUCCUCCAUCCUUCUCAGCAAGGCUGCUACUGUCGACGCGCCUGAAGCAGGGCAGACACGCGAGUGGUGGGCAUGUGCACGCGCUCAAUCGCCCGUUGGCAUUCUUGCCCAGGUGGGAGGCGGUCAGCUAAAUACAAAUGGGCCUAGAAUUACAGAGAUACUAUUCUAUGGCACGAUCGCUGCGCCUGCUCAUGGUGCGCUGCCGACACCACCCCCCUCGUCACCCGAUCAUUCUCAUGCCUUUCCAGACCUGGCACCUCUGCCCGAGCUCAUAGUGCAUGCGUUGCCAUUAUCGUCCGACCUUCUGCAUCAAUCAAACUUGCCGGUAAACCCGCCAUUAUCGCCUGCCUUGAGCGUAUUAGAACCGCCUACGUAUGUCGAGCCACAGUUCCUCCCGCCUACAUAUACCUCUGCGCAUACACCUGCCUCACCGAAACGGAAGCGAGAUAUCUUCGAAGAAGCUACACAAGCGCGGAAGAAAGCUAGAAGCAAAGGUGGUGAAGGCAUAUCCGCUGCCGCAGCCAAAGGGCAAGACAGUCAGCCGGCAUCGGGCCACCGAAAGUCCCUCUCGAUAGAGACCAAGGUUCUACCAUACCCCGACUCAAGACCAGGCUCCGCAAAUGCUUUGACACGGCCGUCGUCGCGACCGCUGUCCAGGUCCCCUAGUAUCUCCUCCGACAUUCGACCCUUGAGUAGGAAAGGAGUUCCAGAAGGUCAAGCGAAGCGUUCGGCCUUAUCGCAAGUUGCAACCAUCUCUCUGCAGCCCGAAGAGCCAACAGUUGAAUCGCGGAACAAGGAGGCCCUGUCAAGAGUCGUCAUGGCGGCCAUGCGCAUGCACGGCCUGCAACAGCGUAAGAAGAACAAGUCUCGAAGAGGAUCCGUAGCACCGGGCGUUCAGAUAGAAGAGCAGCUGGGCGAAGAAGCUGCAGCAGAGGAAGCUGCGAAAGACGAAGAGUACAAACUGAUCUACCACCAGACGUACAAGAGCGCAGUGCUUGCCUUUAGAAAGCACAUCUCUCUGAAGCCGUUGCAUUCACAACCGGAUCGAUUGCGCGAUGUUGUAGAGCGGCUGCUUACCAUCUUCUGUGCAGACCCUCUGGCACAGCCGUUGCCAGGCGAUGACGCUGCUGGUCCUUCAUUGGCUACGCCAGGCAACGAACCCACCGAGAACAGACCACCAACAACGAACAACCGAAGAGAAGAGCACAACACAUCUCACUGUGUCUAUUCUGAUGAGAUGAUCCCAGAAGACCGCCUCAAUCUCGUCACGACUUUCGAGCCACGCCAUGAAUUCAUCCGGAAAAAGGUGGCAGCGUACUUGGGAGAUACUGAUCAUGACUUGGAAGGGGACGAUUCGAGUAGUUCUUGUACGCCUCCUAUAAACUGGACAUUGCAUCAUACAGGGGAGGGCGCAGAACGUGUACCGUUCUAUCAACAUCUACUGUGUAAAGAUGCGCACAACGCUGCAAUAGCUCAAACCUCAGAGUCAACACUCGCUAAACUCCCCUCCGAGCUACGAUUGCCACCUGAGCUCCAACUACGCAUCUUGGACUUUGUCUCUGAUCGCAUGACUUUGUUCCAGUUGAUGCACACCUCGUCUCUCCUACGAGCUGAGGCAUCCAAGAUCUUCUGGGCUGAUCCGCACAGAUACUAUUCCGUCGACGCAACAUGGCUCCUAAGCGGUGGACAUCCUGGCCAUGUAGGUUACAACAUGUCCUUCCUAACUACGGUGCAGAAUAUCGAGAUCGAUUAUACGGUUGAUGCCGAUGGUCUUAUAGAACCUAGGGGAGACACCAGCUCCACACAAUCUUCGGACGCCUUAGUGAAGAGCUUCUGGGAAGUCUUGGAAAAGAUGUUCCCAAACGUGGGAAGCGUCGUGCUAUAUCAAACAUCCGGUCGGAAUCGCUCUUCCGAUUCCAAGGGGCUGUCAGCGUGCCUGUUACGCCUUCUGAGAGCUUGUCCACCCAGCGUUGAAGCCACUGCCUUUACUGCCUGGUAUGGAAGCAAUCAAGUAUUCCCUCCAAAUUGGGAGCGUACGAGCAUCGAGAGGUCAUUGUAUCGACUAUCAGACAACGGGGAAUUGGAAAAAGUCGCAUCACGGCGCAAAUACCAAACGGUUCUGACACCUAUGCGGACUUUCAAGGGGCCGAUUGGACAGUUUGAGAAGGCCAAAUUCAUAGACGAACGCAUCCAACUCCAACGCCGCGGUUUGGCAGCAGCGAUGAUCGAAGCGCUAGACCGACACCACUUCAACGAGGGAGGGUCUGGUCCAUUCGGCUGCCCGAUGAGGUAUUGUCACGAGCACUUUACCAAGCCUGGGCAAUGGACGUUUCACGCGGUUCUAGGACAUAUCAACGACUUGAUACCCGGCCGCCAAUUCGAGGGCUGGCCGGAAGAGCUCAGGCAGAAGUUUCGACGUCGGCACAUCGAGUUGUAUCGAUUGAAGGAGAAAAAUGAUAUGAAUGUGAAGCGACUACAACGGGAGUGGGACGAUGCUGACGACGACAAAAGGAGGGAGAUCAAGGAAGCGUGGAUGGAGCAACUGAGGAACGAUCCUGAGUGGGACACAGGUGUGCCGGCGGAAGACAGCUCACUUUGGAAGCGCUUCGAGAGCUGGAUGCAGAAGUGCAACCAACAACAACAGGAUCCAAAGGUUGCGAAGGUUGAGGAUGCGCUACUUCCAGCGACAAAGAAGGCGCUAGACCUAAGCACCCUGAAGCUUGACGAGAAGUAUCCCACACGUCCGGGCUUUGGUACGAGGGGUGCCAAGGUGCUUCUCACUGCCAAUUAUGUCGAACUGAUUCCACCUUCCGACCUUGUUCUUCAUCAGUACGCCAUCCAUACCAACCCGGACGCCGCCGGCAGGAAGCACAACCGGAUUGUGCAGCUACUCUUGGAGUCGCCCGAGCUAGCGCCACACAAGGGGAACGUCGCUACUGACUUCAAGUCUACCCUUGUCUCCAAGACGAGGCUAGACGACAAGGACGAUAAUAAACAAAUUAACCUUGAGAUCGUCUAUCGUUCGGAGGGGGAGGACGUGCCCGCCACUGGGGCGACUACGUACAAGGUUCGUCUCCUAUGGACCAAGAGCUUGAGUAUCGGACAGUUGACCGACUACUUGAACUCCACGAACCUUGGUAAUGCAGUCGAAAACAAGCACGAGUUCACACAAGCUCUUAACAUCUUUCUCAAUCACUACGCCAAAUCCGCCAACAACCUUGCUGCGAUCGGCUCGACCAAGACUUUUUCAUUGAGCCAGAACUCUGCUAGGGGUGAUCUCGGCUCCGGCUUGGAAGUCAUCCGGGGCUUCUUUUCGAGCGUCCGAACCGCAACCUGCCGCAUCCUAGUCAAUGUCAACGUCAGUCAUGGUGCUUUCUUCCAUAGUGGUCCUCUACCAUCACUUAUGGGCAGCUAUGGCACCCGCAAUACAGCUGGGCUUGAGAAGUUCCUGAAGUUUGUUCGUGUGCAGACAACCCACUUGCCGGAGAAGAAGAACAGGGCAGGCGAAGUCAUCCCUCGCAUCAAGACUAUUUUUGGGCUUGCCAGGAAGGACGAUGGACACGGUCUACCCAAUAGACCGAAGGUGAAGUCUCACGGAGCAGGCGCCAAAGAUGUAGAGUUUUGGCUUGAAGGCGACGGCGGUCCUUCUGCAACAAAAGCAAAGGCCAAGGGCGGCAAGAAAGAAGGACCAGCAACCGGUGGGAAGUAUAUCAGCGUGUACGACUUCUUCAGGACAACAUACAAGCGAAACUUACAGCACCCUGAGCUUCCUGUCGUCAACUGCGGAAAUCGCCAGCACCCCAUGUAUCUGCCGGCAGAAGUCUGCAUUGUUAUCCCAGGUCAGCCUUCGAAGGCGAAGCUUGACAGCAGGCAGACCCAGGAAAUGAUCCGACAUGCUGUUCGCAAGCCUUGGGACAAUGCAGCUUCGAUCGUACAACAGGGUAUCACGACUGUUGGCCUCGACGAGAAUUCGAACAUCCUAAUUCGUUCUUUUAAUCUCAAGGUUACGCCUGGUCUCGUCAAGAUCCCUGGUCGCGUUCUCAAUGGCCCCAAGGUCACCUACAAGGGAAACAAGACCAUUGAGACUCGCUUCGGAAGCUGGAACAUGAUAAACAUCAAGUUCAACGCUGGCGCGACACUUCAGAAGUGGUCCUACAUGAUGAUCUCACAACGAGGAGGACGCGACGCUUUCGGCCAAGACAGCCUUACCGCUGUCAUGGAGGAGUUCCAACAAGGUUUGUCCAAAAUAGGCAUGACCGCACCUGCACCACUGCCGGGAAAGAAAGUCGAGAUUCAAUACCCAGAUGACCCAGUACUCGAUGCACAACUGAAGGGCGCCGCUGGAGCUGGGUUGCAGCUGCUCGUGCUCAUCCUGCCUGAGGCCAGCAUACCUCUGUACAAGCGCAUCAAGACGCUAGCCGACAAGAAAUAUGGCCUUCACACAAUUUGCUGCGUCGGCCAGAAGCUCGCGAAAGAUCGCGGUCGUGAUCAAUACAUCGCAAAUGUCGCGUUGAAGAUCAACCUCAAGCUCGGUGGUGUCAACCAGGUUGUGGAGCCUAAGAAUCUUCACGUCAUCGAUCAAAACAAGACUAUGGUGGUUGGCAUAGAUGUUACUCAUCCCUCACCGGGUUCCGCAUCCACCGCACCUUCGGUCGCCGCAAUGGUAGCUUCAACUGACAAGUUUCUUGGUCAGUGGCCUGCUGUCUUGCGCAUUCAGAAGGGGAGACAGGAGAACGUCGAUGAUCUCAGCGAGAUGUUGAAGUCUCGGCUAAACCUUUGGAAGACGAAGGGCAAGCACACCGCUCUGCCUGAAAAUAUUCUCAUCUAUCGAGAUGGCGUGUCUGAAGGCCAGUACGACAUGGUACUUGGCCAGGAGUUGCCCCAGCUUCGUCGUGCUUGCGAGCAAGUCUACCCACCACCCGACACCAAGAAGGGCCUCCCACGCUUCAGCAUCAUCAUCUGUGGGAAGCGCCACAAGACGCGCUUCUAUCCUACCCAGGAGCAAGAUUGCGAUCGUUCCGGCAACACCAAGCCAGGCACUGUCGUCGACCGCGGCGUCACCGAAGCCCGCAACUGGGACUUCUUCCUUCAAGCCCAUGCCGCUCUUCAAGGCACCGCCCGUCCUUGCCACUACUAUAUCGUGCACGAUGAAAUCUUCCGCCAGAUAUACGCCAAGCAGAUUCCGCCUCCGUUCCAGAACAUUGCGGAUGUCGUCGAGGAUCUGACGCACAAUAUGUGCUACCUGUUCGGACGCGCAACGAAAGCUGUGAGUCUGUGUCCACCUGCUUACUACGCCGACCUAGCAUGUGAGCGUGCGCGGUGCUACUUGGCCAGCUUGUUCGAUACUCCGAGCCCGAGUGCUGCGCCAUCUGCGGCUGGAUCGAGCGCUCCUGGAGGUGCGCAGGCUAGUGCGGAUGAUGUGCAGAUCCAUCAGAACCUGAAGGAUACGAUGUUCUAUAUCUAG